UGAAUAUAGUGCAUAUAAAUAGAGUUGGUACGGCGGACACGCGCGUUUCCCGAGAGCAACUAGCCAAUAUGCCUGAUCCGUCCAAAUCUGCUCCAGCCCCCAAGAAGGGGUCCAAGAAGGCCGUCACCAAGGCGCAGAAAAAGGACGGCAAAAAACGCAAACGGGGCCGCAAGGAGAGCUACUCCAUCUAUGUGUACAAGGUGCUGAAGCAGGUGCACCCGGACACCGGCAUCUCCUCCAAGGCCAUGGGCAUCAUGAACUCGUUCGUCAACGACAUCUUCGAGCGAAUCGCCAGCGAGGCCUCCCGCCUGGCGCAUUACAACAAGCGCUCGACCAUCACGUCCCGCGAGGUGCAGACGGCCGUGCGUCUGCUGCUGCCCGGGGAGCUGGCCAAGCACGCCGUGUCCGAGGGCACCAAGGCUGUCACCAAGUACACCAGCUCCAAGUGAGGCGCUGCGCGGGCGUCCUCAAUCCAAAGGCUCUUUUCAGAGCCACCCAUACAGUCGUUAAAAGGGUCUUGAACACAGCGUGUGUGGUCAUUGAUGACUGCCACGCGCCGGAGGGAGAUUCUCUGUUACUGGGUACCACUAAGAUGUGUUUUUGAGUGCGAGGGAUGUAGGGCUGCAGCUGCUCUGCUCUUCCCAAGGGUGGGAUGAGAACGAUGGUCAAGGGAUUAGGCAAGGGGCGUGAGUCCCCUCCCUAAGCCUCCAGUCUUCCCCAGGUGGGCGAGGUCACCAGCGCAGUGGGAUUCUGGGUGCCGUGCCCGCUGGGUGGCCUCUGCAUCUGCGUUCCUUUAGAACCUUUCCUGGAACAGACAGGCGUCUUUAUCCCUUGGAUAUGACCAUUCUGGCACUAUAUCCCAACAGAUCCUGCACUAGCAGUAUGCCCAACAGGGGUUGAAAAGGUUACGGGGGGCGACACCCGCAAUGCCUGUGUAAACGAGCUGGAUGUAGCCAGCUGCACCUGCAGCUACCAGCAGUUUUAGUGGCUAGGGGAUGGAAGGAUUUGGGAAAAAAAAAAAUCCCGUUGUUUUGAGCAAAUGAGUUCCUCCCCUAAAGCUGCUUUAUUUUCUGUGAAGCGUUGGUAACAGAAUUGUCCACACUCAGCAUUUAUUUGAGAAUGCCAUCUUGAUCUGGAACGUUUGGGCAGGAGAUCUUAACCGUGGAAAGAACACCACUUUCCUUGGUUUGGCUAUAUUUAUUUGAACCGGUAUGAGAUACAUUGAGAAUCCUAUCGCCGUCUCCAGCAAGAAGUAAUAUAAAUUUUAAUUUUUUCCCCAAAUAGUCAAAGGGAGCCUGUCUCAUCUGGU